AUGAAUUCAGUGAAGAAUUACACCCCCUCUCCCAAGGCUAUUAGCGAGGAGCUCGCCCACAAGGUCGACUUCUUCGACCCCAUGGCCGAGAACCGUACAAUGGGCGCCAUCAACACCAUGGCCCUCUAUACAACGGCCCUCCUCGGCUACGUCUCCUUCUUAUCCAGCAGCCCAGUCAUCACCCUUGCCACACCAUCUCUCGCCUCCCAGGAGGAUAACUCAGAUCUCGACGACGACAUCAUCCCUAAUGGCUCCUUCUUCGCCAAAGGACAACAGCGAGCCCACUUACACCAACUUGAGCGACACGACUUCUUUAUAACCUCCAUCAAGGGAAUUACGCCCCCGCCAGCUCCUUCUUGUGCUAUCUGUGGCAGCCCCGUCAUGGACUCUGUCAUCAUUCAUUCGCACACCCUUCCCAGCAGCCCCGCCGUCGAUUUUUCUCCCAACUCCCCUAACAACCUCUUCACCCUCUCUGACCUCGAACAUCGCGAUCCUGAUUACAUACAAGCCGACUCCAUCAUCUACGCCAACGACAGCACUUGGAGAUGGUGGAAUUUCUUGCUCGAAGGUCAUCCCUAA